CUAAAAAUACAAGCGUUAAUUAGCCAUUACAAAUUGCAGAGUCACAGAGGCCACUUGACGCCUGCCAGAUCUCUCUCUUACCUCAGCUCAGCCCUCAGCUUCUCACGCACCACAGAAACAACUCAAUUCCUUUCACUUGAACGCUGAACCAACACUACAUUCUCUUCUCUCUUCAUCUCUCGCUCUCCUGCCAUUGAGGUAGUGAAGAAGAUUACGGCAAUGGAAUCCACGGAGUCUUCUUAUGUGUCGUCACCGGAGGCGCCGCGCAAGAGAUCUCCUCCACCGCCGAAAUCGCCGACUUCUGAUUCUGUUGAGAAGGCAACAUACAUUAGAUUUCUUGUUUCAAAUGCUGCAGCUGGUUCAGUUAUUGGAAAGGGUGGUGCCACAAUUACUGAUUUUCAGUCGCAGUCUGGAGCACGAAUUCAGUUGUCACGCAAUUAUGAAUUUUUCCCAGGAACCUCUGAUAGGAUAAUUAUGAUAUCUGGAACCUUGGAUGAUGUGAUAAAGGCUGUGGAACUUAUUCUUGCUAAAUUAUUUAGUGAGUUUCAUGCUGAAGAUGGUGUUGAUUUUGAUACAAGAACAAAAGUGAGACUAAUUGUUCCAAAUAGCUCUUGUGGUAGCAUAAUUGGGAAGGGAGGAGCUAUUAUAAAGUCAUUUAUUGAAGAUUCUCAAGCUGGCAUUAAGAUAUCUCCUCAGGAUAAUAAUUUUUAUGGGUUGAAUGAUAGGCUGGUGACAGUGACCGGAACUUUAGAGGAGCAGAUUCGGGCAAUUGAUCUCAUUUUAUCUAAAUUAGUUGAAGACCCUCACUACUCUCAGACUAUGCAUACCCCAUUUUCAUAUGCUGGAGCAUACAAUUCGAUGAACUAUCCAAAUGGGGCAGGUGGAAAGUUUCAGAAUAACAAGGAGGAUCGUACCAACUCGGUGACAAUUGGCAUUGCCGAUGAGCAUAUUGGACUGGUUGUUGGUCGUGGUGGAAGAAAUAUAAUGGAAAUCAGCCAGGUUAGUGGAGCCAGGAUAAAAAUAUCAGAUAGAGGUGAUUUCAUGUCUGGAACAAAUGAUAGGAAAAUCACGAUCACUGGGUCACAGAGAGCCAUCCGUUCAGCGGAAGGAAUGAUUAUGCAGAAGGUAGCCUAUGCUUCUGAAAGGGGGUCAGAUUAGUUUUCAAGAAAUCUGAUUUAUUCUUGUUCUGAAUCUUUCUGUGGACAUGCCAAUUUCCAUAUUUGUUAAUUUAGAUAUCUGUCCAUAAAGAGAGCUGGUUAGCAAUUUCAAAAUCUGUGACCAGAAAUUUUUUCAGGGAGAGAGAGAGCUUUCCGUAGGAAGCUAUUCAAGGGUAUAAAUUGUGUUUGUGGGGGAAGAAAAGAAGGAAUUGAAUUAGGCCAUGGUAGCUUGACUCAAGACUAGAAUUAACUUCAUUUAUUUCUUGCUACAGAUGUAAUUACCAAAAUAGAAGUUUUGCAACUUAUUUAUGUUUUUAAAAUUAUGAUCUGCUUUCAUAAAA